GAAACAUUUUCUAGGAAAGUGUUUCAAAUAUCUUCUAACAAUUCCUACGAUAUAUUAUAUUGUAAUGUGAAUUUUUUUUUUUUUUUUCUCUAAUUUGUAAUGUGAACUUAUAUCUAUAAAUAGUUGCUCUCACAAAGUUCGAACUCUAAAAAAUCUCAGUUUGUCAAGAGCAAAUGGCAGGCAAGGAUCAAUCUUCACCCUACCCGUUGGCACCGGCGGCCAACGGCCGUGGCCGCAGCGACGACGAGUCGUUCACGGCACACACCAAAGAGCUACGCAAAAAGAAGCGCGUGAAGUGCAUGGUAUACAUUGCUGCUUUCGCUGUGGUCCAAACCAUAGUCAUCUUGGCCUUUGUUCUAGUCGUCGUGCGCAUCAAAGCUCCCAAGUUCCGGCUGCUUGCUGCCUCCUUUAAUAUUACUGAUCUUUCAAAUUCUUCAUUUUCCUUGCGGACGAAUGCUCAAUUCACGGUAAAGAACACCAACUUUGGUCACUUCAAAUAUGAACAUGGCACUGUUAGGUUUGCCUACAAGGGCAUGACUCUUGGUGAGGCCGCUAUUGAAAAGGCACGAGCCAGGGCUCGAUCAACCAAGAAGGUCAACGCCACAGUUACCCUGAGUUCACUAAAUUUGCCUGUCAAUUCUGGGAUAUCAAGCGAUGUGGCUGGGGCUCUUUUGCCGCUGACCAGCUCCUCAAAGCUGGAUGGGAAAGUGCACCUAUUGAAGGUUUUCAAGAAAAAGAAAUCUGCUCAGAUGGAUUGCACCAUGAAUGUUAAUAUCGGAUUACUAGAAAUCCAGAAUUUGAAAUGCAAGUGAUGUCUUCUUACAAUAUAUAUCCCCCAGUCUCCCGUUUUCUUUUCUUUCUUUCUUUUUUUCCUUGGUUUUUUUUCAUACUGUGACCAAGGAAUAUAGCGAUAUCUGUUGAUAGCAUAAGGUCCCUCAUAUGCCUUUUUUUUUUUUUUUUUUUUGUGUGUUCUUAUGUUCAUUUUGAAAUUAGACUUAUGAUUUAAGUCUAAAUCUAUCAGUCUAUUGCCUCAGGCCCUCAAUGGAUUCAUUCUUCAAGCUAUUUUGUAAAAGGCUCACUGUUUCUCAGGGAAAACAAAAAGAAACUUGAAGGGGGAUAACUUGAUUAACUUCAAUAUUCAAAGGGUUAUAGCUUCACAAAAAAGCAAAAAUCGUCUUCUAGAGAGAGAGGCUCUACUUUCUCUCUAGAAAACUUUUUUCCACCUCCUUUGUGAGGGUUUUCCACCUCCUCUAUGAGGGUUUUCCACUUUCUCGUAAGGGUUUCUAGGGGAGGAGGAAUGGAUCUUUUUCCUCCUCCUCCCCUCUUUCUUCUUUUCUUCCUUUGUUUUCUCUCAAGUUUUUUGCCAUUUUUUAGUUCUUCCCAAUCAGACUAGAAGCUCCGGCCAUUUCCAUUCCCUUUGCUCAGCCUUCGUCGCUCCAUCACCGUCAUCCAUGCCCACUGCCACGCCACUCGUCCUCUUCUCGGAGCUGUUGGUAUUUUUAGAUCUAGUUUUUUUUUUUUAAAUUAGAUCUACUUUAUUCUGGAGUCUUCUUCCUCCCACGCGCCUAUCCACUGUGCUCACCAUCAUCCCAACUUGAUGUCACCACCCUCCGCGCAUCGUUCCGUCCACCACGCGUUGGAGUGUGGCUCGCACUUGCCGUAACGUGUCUCCCAUGCGCCGUCCAGUGAGCUCCAUCUUACGUGCCCCGACUGCUGCUUCUUCUUGUGGUUGUUUUGCUGUGUUUUGUUUAUUUAUGUUGUUAUUUGUAUUUCUAUUGUUUUUUGUUAUGGGUUAGUCUCCUUGUACUAUAUUAGUUAGAUUCAGGUGUGGAGACUUUUGUAACCGAAUUUGUAUUGGUACUUCUCUCUCCUACAAUUCCUAAUUCGGACUUUGACAGUGCUUCUUCGGCUUCAUCCUCCUUCCUAUGGAUAUUGCUCGUUGCAAGUAAGGGCUCAGAUAGGUUCGCAUUAAUCUGUGCCCAUUUUGCUUCUGUAACCGCUUUGUGCGGCCCCUUGAGAGGAUCGGAUUACUUGUUUAACCAAUUUCCUAUCCUUUGUAAUUAUUUAAGCACUGUUUUUGUUUGUUUUGAAUUUGUUGUUGAAGAGUCCACCCCAUUUUUAUUUUUAGGAUCGCUCAUUCUCUUUUUUU